AUGGCCCCGAGCCGGCGGGCCUCGCCCGACCACCGGCGCUGCACAUUCGAGGCUGUGCCUCCCGGAUAUGACUCGUGCCCGCCCCUGGAGGCCGGCCUGGACAGCCACUACAUGCGUCUGGCACUCGACCAGGCUCACAAGGCUGCCUCAAAGGGCGAGGUGCCCAUCGGCGCCGUGCUGGCAGCGGCGGACGGCUCCCUGCUGGCCAGCGCCCACAAUGAGGUGGAGGCCACCGGCGACCCCACCGCCCAUGCCGAGAUGCUGUGCCUGCGCCGCGCGGCGGGCGUCGCACCCAGCUGGCGCAUGCCGGCCGCCACGCUAUACGUCACCGUGGAGCCGUGCGCCAUGUGCGCGGGUGGCGCGCUGGCGGCGCGCCUGGCGGCCGUCGUGUACGGCGCGCGCUCCCCGCUCAUGGGCGCCGACGGCUCCUGGGUGCGGGGGGGCGUGCUGGCGGAUGAGUGCCAGCGCCUCAUGGUGGAGUUCUUCCGGGCCCGGAGGCGCGGCGAGGUGCGGGGCCCACCAGGGGCAGGGUCACCGGUGCAAAGGGAGGCGUCCUGA